AUCAUUAUAAACAAAAAUUCCACCUGAGAAAAUGUUGAAAUAGGAGUUACGGAUGCACCGGAUUGGCUGGAUGAAAUACAAGCAGUUAAUUUUUGUAACGUGGCGAAAAAGCCCAAAGAGCCAGAUUACAUGUGUAAAUCACUGCGUUAUUGCUUUAGUCAUUGUCUCUAUUUAGCAAUGACAAGACUGGAAGAAGUAAACAGAGAAGCCAGCAUGCAUUCUUCAGUACGGUACCUUGGCUAUUUAGCCAGAAUCAAUUUACUGGUUGCGAUAUGCUUAGGUCUUUAUGUAAGAUGGGAAAAAACAGCAAAUUCCUUAAUUUUGGUCAUUUUUAUCCUUGGUCUUUUUGUUCUUGGAAUCGCCAGCAUACUCUAUUACUAUUUUUCAAUGGAAGCAGCAAGUUUAAGUCUCUCCAAUCUUUGGUUUGGAUUCUUGCUUGGCCUUCUGUGUUUUCUUGAUAAUUCAUCCUUUAAAAGUGACGUGAAAGAAGAAUCAACCAAAUAUUUGCUUCUGACUUCCAUAGUAUUAAGGAUAUUAUGCUCUUUGGUGGAGAGAAUUUCUGGUUAUGUCCGUCAUCGACCUACUUUACUUACCACAGUUGAAUUUCUGGAACUUGUUGGAUUUGCCAUUGCAAGUACAACUAUGUUGGUGGAGAAGUCUCUGAGUGUCAUUUUACUUGUUGUAGCUUUGGCCAUGCUGAUUAUUGACCUGAGAAUGAAGUCUUUCCUAGCUAUUCCAAACUUAGUAAUUUUUGGAGUCUUGCUGUUUUUCUCUUCAUUGGAAACUCCCAAAAAUCCAGUUGCUUUUGCGUGUUUUUUUAUUUGUUUGAUAACAGAUCCUUUCCUUGACAUCUAUUUUAGUGGACUUUCAGUAACUGAAAGGUGGAAACCCUUUUUGUACCGUGGAAGAAUUUGCAGAAGACUUUCAGUCGUGUUCACUGGAAUGAUUGAGCUAACGUUUUUUAUUCUUUCAGCAUUUAAGCUUAGAAACACUCAUCUUUGGUAUUUUGUAAUACCAGGUUUUUCCAUUUUUGGAAUUUUCUGGAUGAUUUGCCAUAUUAUUUUUCUUUUAACUCUUUGGGGAUUCCAUACCAAGUUAAAUGACUGCCAUAAAGUAUAUUUUACCCACAGAGCAGAUAACAAUAGCCUUGAUAGAAUCAUGGCAUCCAAGGGGAUGCGUCAUUUUUGCUUAAUUUCUGAGCAGUUAGUUUUCUUUAGUCUUCUAGCAACAGCAAUUUUGGGAGCAGUUUCCUGGCAGCCAACAAAUGGAAUCUUCUUGAGCAUGUUCCUCAUUGUUUUGCCAUUGGAAUCAAUGGCUCAUGGGCUCUUCCAUGAACUGGGUAACUGUUUAGGAGGAACAUCAGUUGGAUAUGCUAUUGUGAUUCCCACCAACUUCUGCAGUCCUGAUGGUCAACCAACACUUCUUCCACCAGAACAUGUUCAGGAGUUAAAUCUCAGGUCUACAGGCAUGCUCAAUGCCAUCCAAAGAUUUUUUGCAUAUCAUAUGAUUGAGACCUAUGGAUGCGACUAUUCCACAAGUGGACUGUCUUUUGAUACUCUGCAUUCCAAGCUGAAAGCGUUCCUUGAACUUCGGACUGUGGAUGGACCUAGACACGAUACGUAUGUUCUGUAUUACAGUGGGCACACCCAUGGCACAGGAGAGUGGGCUCUAGCAGGUGGAGACAUACUACGUCUUGACACACUUUUAGAAUGGUGGAGAGAAAAGAAUGGUUCCUUCUGUUCUCGGCUUAUUAUCGUAUUGGACAGUGAGAAUUCAACCCCAUGGGUGAAAGAAGUGAGAAAAAUUAAUGACCAGUAUAUUGCAGUGCAAGGGGCAGAGAUGACAAAGACAGUAGAUAUUGAAGAAGCUGACCCGCCACAGCUAGGUGACUUCACAAAAGACUGGGUAGAAUAUAACUGCAACUCCAGUAGUAACAUAUGCUGGACGGAAAAAGGACGCACAGUGAAAGCAGUAUAUGGUGUGUCAAAGCGGUGGAGUGACUACACUCUUCAUUUGCCAACAGGAAGCGAUGUGGCCAAGCACUGGAUGUUGCAUUUUCCUCGUAUUACAUAUCCACUAGUGCAUUUGGCAAAUUGGUUGUGUGGCCUGAACCUUUUUUGGAUCUGCAAAACUUGUUUUAGGUGCUUGAAAAGAUUAAAAAUGAGUUGGUUUCUUCCUACUGUGCUGGACACAGGACAAGGCUUUAAGCUUGUCAAAUCUUAA